CAAACUGAAACACAGGAGCCCACAAGGAGACACCGCUGUGUGAUCUGAACAUCAUCACCAUGAGCACAGAAAAGUCAGGCGACCCUGCAGACAUGACCAAGGCAGGAGAGGUGAAGGCUGGGGAGGAACGUCCCAAGUGGGACAAUAAGAUCCAGUACCUGCUCACUUGUAUUGGAUUUGCUGUGGGGCUGGGCAACGUCUGGAGGUUUCCGUACCUGUGCCAAGUCUACGGAGGAGGCGCUUUCCUGAUCCCUUACCUGAUCGCGCUGGUCUUCGAAGGACUUCCCCUUCUCCACCUGGAGCUGGCCAUAGGACAGCGGCUCCGCACGGGGAGCAUUGGGGUCUGGUACUCUAUCUCCCCCUACCUCGGAGGCGUGGGCAUGGCUUCUAUGAUAGUGUCUUUCUUGGUGGGUCUGUUCUACAACACCAUUCUGGCCUGGGUCCUGUGGUACUUCUUCAACUCCUUUCAAGACCCACUUCCAUGGAGGGAUUGUCCUGUCCUAAGCAACCACACAGCAUAUGUGAAGGAAUGCGAGAUGAGCACACCGGUGAACUACUUCUGGUACCGGGAGACACUGAACAUCACCCCCGACAUCGAGACCAGCGGCUCUCUGCAGUGGUGGCUUGUGAUAUGUAUGGCUACAGCCUGGGGUAUCGUCUACAUUUGCUUCAUUCGCGGUAUUGAGACUAUAGGCAAGGCGGUGUACAUCACGGCCACCUUCCCCUACCUCGUGCUCACCAUCUUCCUCAUCAGGGCACUGACUCUGCCGGGGGCCACUGCUGGCCUGCAGUACCUCUUCACGCCCCAGUGGGAAAUCCUGAAGAACCCCAAAGUUUGGCUGGAUGCAGCCACACAGAUAUUCUUCUCCCUCUCCUUGGCUUUCGGGGGGCUCAUCGCCUUCUCCAGCUACAACCCUCAGAAAAACAACUGUGAACGAGAUGCUCUGAUCGUGGGCUGUGUAAAUAGUGCCACCUCCAUCUAUGCUUCAAUUCCCAUAUUUGCAAUUCUUGGUUUUAAGGCCAAGAGUAACUUUGAGGAUUGCCUCAAUGGGAACAUUCUGUCCCUGACGAAUGCGUUUAACAUUGGAGAUCAGAACAUAACUCUGGAGAACUAUGACAGCUGGCUUGCCCACCUGAAUGAAUCACAUCCCGUUCAAGUGGCCGACCUGCACCUGAAAGUCUGCAAUCUUCAAACUUUUCUUGACCAGAGUGCCUCAGGCACUGGCUUGGCCUUCAUAGUCUUCACUGAGGCAGUGAUCAAGAUGCCGGGCUCCCAGGUGUGGGCUGUGCUCUUCUUCAUCAUGCUCUUCAGCCUGGGUCUGUCCUCCAUGUUUGGGAACCUGGAAGGUGUCCUCACACCCCUUCUGGACAUGAAAAUGGUGCCCAGAUGCAUCCCUAAGGAGAUCUUUACAGGGAUGAUGUGUAUGGUCUCAUUUGUUUUGGCCCUAAUAUUUACAAUGGGCUCAGGAAACUAUUGGCUAGAGAUUUUCAAUGGCUACGUUGGUUCCUUGCCUUUGCUCAUCAUUGCCUUCUUUGAGAUCACCGCAGUGGUGUACAUCUAUGGAAUGAACAAGUUCAGCGAAGACAUCGAGUACAUGACGGGUCGAAGGCCUAACCUUUACUGGCAGGCCAACUGGAGGGUUAUCAGCCCUCUCAUGCUGCUGGUGGUCUUUGUGGCAUACGUGGUGGUCCAGGCCGAGCAACAGCCGACUUACGCCGCCUGGAACCCAAACUAUGUGGACUUCCCGCUUGAGCAGGUGCUCCCGUAUCCCAAAUGGGUGUUUGCCAUCUGCGUCCUGCUGGCCAGCAUGCCAUGUCUCCCCAUCCCUCUGGUGGCGCUCUACAAGUUCAUCCUCUUCCUGAAGAAGUGGCUGAUGGGCCGGCUGCACAGUAACCCCUAUGACAAUGAAGGAUACAGCCCAGAUACACAGAUUUCUGUAGUCAAAAUGGAAAUAUAAUACGAUCUUAAUUCCAGGGAAGAUGACUACUGGGACACAAGCUCAAUGAUAUUUUUCUUUCCCUUUCAUCUGUGUGCUAAGAAGAUUGAAAGCCCAGAAUGUCUGAUUACACAAGGAUGAGUAUUCCAUCUAUGAUUAGACGUUUGCACGUUUGAUGUUCAUCAGGAAAACAAUUGUAUUUCCUUAAGAUAAUACUGACUGGUCGUCUGUGGUAAGCAUUAGCCACAAAAUAUCACCUUUUUCGGGUUCUCUGUAAGAGGUAGACGCGCUUGAAUGGAUUUUCGCAGAUCUUUCACAGAUCUUUGGCUUCGUCUUCUCUCAGCGGCUGCUCAUUCUGUGAUGGAUUCUGUGAUGACAGCGAUGAUGGUGCAGGGUACAGAAUAAACAGUUUAGAGUAAGAAAUCAGCCCAGCAAGGUGUUGUGAAGCUGAGGAUCUUCGCAUCGUAUGGGAAUAACGAUAUGAUGGAUUAUUUGGUGAAGUUUGAUAAAAUCAUUGUUUUUGCAAACAGGUCGGUGUCCGUCUGUUUACACAGAGGUGACAUAGUUCAGAUUUGUGAUUGGCGAUACCUAUAGAGGACCCCUGAGUGAUGUUACAUAAUAAAAACUUGAAAUUGAACAAC